AACAUUACAAUUGUGCUUGAUAUGGACUUGCUGUCUGGGACGUAUAUAUUUGCAGUCCUGUUAGCAUGCGUCGUGUUUCAGUCUGGCGCCCAGGAGAAAAACUACACAGUCCAAGAAGAAAUGCCAGAAAAUGUUCUGAUAGGUGACUUGCUGAAAGAACUCAACUUGUCACUGAUUCCAGAGAAGUCCCUCACAUCUCCUAUGCAGUUUAAGCUAGUGUACAAGACUGGAGAUGUGCCCCUGAUUCGAAUUGAAGAGGGCACUGGUGAGAUCUUCACUGCUGGAACUCGCAUUGAUCGUGAGAAAUUAUGUGCUGAUAUCCUGGUGGAAACCCGUUGCUUUUAUGAAGUGGAGGUUGCCGUUUUGCCAGAUGAAAUAUUUAGACUGGUUAAGAUACGUUUUCUGUUAGAAGACAUAAAUGAUAACGCACCAUUAUUCCCAGCAACAGUUAUCAAUAUAUCAAUUGUGGAGAACUCAGCUAUAAACUCUCGGUAUGCUCUCCCAGCAGCCAUUGAUCCUGACAUUAGGAAUAAAUGGAGUUCAAAACUACCAACUAAUUAA